AUGAACCCUACUGUCAGCACUGCCAAGGGGCUUCACACAGAGGGACGAAGGUGCUUCGUGAGCCAGGCUGUGGCAGAGAGUUUCUCUUGGGCUCCCAAAAGGCAUGGCUGUGGUAAGGACAUAAGCAAGCAGCCAGAGGAGCCAGCAGACAGCAGCACACUAGAAAGGGUUCACCUCCCUUCAGCCCUUACCCAGCAGUGCCAUGCUACAGAACCAAUGGCUGGACCCUCAGAAACAUGGGUUGGGCCCUGGACACCAGAGAAGGUGAAGAAGCCCAAGAAGGCAGUGCUCUCCUGCCUGAGUGAAGACAAGAACAUCAGCAUGGAGGAGGGCAAGCAGAUCCUGGUAGGUGACGUGGGCCAGAGGGUAGAUGACCCCUAUGCCACCUUUGUCAAGAUAUUGCCAGACAAAGACUGCCACUAUGCCCUCUAUGACGCAACCUACGAGACCAAGGAGAGCAAGAAGGAGGACCUGGUGUUUAUCUUUGAGUCUUCACUCCUUACGAGCAAAAUGAUCUAUGCCAGCUCCAAGGAUGCCAUCAAGAAGCUGAUAGGGACCAAGCAUGAAUUACAAGUAAACUGCUCUGAUGUCAAGGACCGCUGCACUCUGGCAGAGAACCUGGAGGGCAAGCAUUUCUGAGACUCCUCCAGCCCC